AUGGUCAGACGCAUCCCGACCCAGGUGCACCAACAGGCCUCCCGUCUUCUCAAGACAAACUUCAUAAAACGAGAACCAGCAUGGUACAGAGCCGUCCUUGACAACCCUCCUCUCCCUCUACCCGCUCGCGCACCACCACGGCGAACGGCCUUCGACGCACCUACGUCCAAGCCUGGCCUCCCUCCGAGAAAAACUCCAGGUCCAAAACCGCUGCCUAUCACCUACAUAGAGGAUGAGGUCCGAAGACAGUUCUUUAGAGAUCACUCGUUCGAGACAUUUCGUCCGGUGAGCUUGGUGGAGGCAGGAACUAUUGAGGAGGAGAACCCGAUUCAAGGGGAAAUUUGGACGAGGCUUCGUCAGAGAGGGCGGAAUCCGAGUCCUGAAACUGCUGUCCGGUUCGCUGUGAACCUCCACGUCCACCACAGCUUUCCCCUCACAGAAGCCUACUCAACUGCCAUCGGUCAAUUCCGCGCUCUCCGCUCAGAACAACACAUCGCCACCGCCUUCGCAGCCCAAGAGGCCGAAGCCUACGGCGCACUCUUCGGUCCCUCCGCCGUACAGCGCGGGUUCGCAAAGGAGGAGCGUGUGUUCGCGAAGAACAAGAUGAAGCAGGAGGAGAUUGACGAGAAAGAGUUGACGGCGAGGAAGCGUUGGCGCGCGAUUGUGAACAGGGGAGGACACAUCGGAGAGUGGAGCAAGGGAGAGCAGUAUGUGAGGUUAUGGAAGGAGGGUCUGAGGCCGGAUUAUUCGCCUCAGUUGACGGCGCCGAUACAGGAGGCUCCGAGCAAGUAUGAUAUCGCAGCGUCGCCGGAUUACAUGGGUCUCAAGCGAUAG